CAGAUUCAAGAUCUGGAGUUUGGCCCUGCUCCAAGCAAAGUCAUGGCCUCCAAACAGAUGCUGCAUAUGAGUCAAGGACAAGGGGAAACAAGCUAUGCUCUCAACUCCAGUUUUCAGAACGCUCAACAGAACAGGAUGAAGCCCCUGAUAGAAGCUGCCACCCUUGACUUUUGUAGCAGCAACAACACCUUAUUGCCUCAUACGAUUCUGAUCGCGGACUUGGGCUGCUCCUCUGGCCCAAACGCCCUAGUGCUAGUAUCAAUUGCCAUCGAGGCCAUCCAGAGCCACUACCUUAAGUUCCAGCAACCUCCACCGGAAGUAUGUGUGCUCCUCAAUGACCUUCCUGACAAUGACUUCAACAUGGUUGUGAAAAGCUUGGUCGCUCUCCGUCAAAGUAACAAGCCUGUUAUCGUGACGGGUGUUGUCCCGGGGUCAUUUUACGAACGACUCUUCACUUCUGACUCCUUGCAUCUUGUUUGCUCGUCCAACAGCUUGCAUUGGCUCUCAAAGGCCCCUGAAGAUCUAACAAGGAACCAGAUUCCGGCAUAUAACAUCGAUGAGCAUGCUAGGCGUGAUAGACUCCCUAUGGUCCUUGAGGCUUACGCAAAACAGUUCAGGAAAGAUUUUACACUUUUCCUAGGGCUGAGAGCCAAAGAAUUGGUCCAAGGAGGCCAAAUGGUUGUGUCUCUCAUAGGGCGUUCUAAUGUAAUCGCCACCAGAUCCUCUUACAUUUCAGAAAUUGUAGCUCAGAUUCUAAGUGUCAUGGUUUUAGAGGGUGUGAUCGACAAAGCAAAAUAUGAUUCUUUCUACGUGCCUAUGUAUUCACCUUCCAGCGAAGAGUUGAGAGACAUAAUCAAAGAGGAGGGUUCCUUUUCGAUCACCGAUAUUCGUGUGCAUGACUCUACAACCGAUGCAAAUCAUGGUGUCAACAACCCAAGCAGUUUUUUCAAUUUUCUGCGAGCUUUAUUUGAGCCAAUAUUAGUCCAACAUUUUGGAGAUAUCAUGGAUGAAUUCGUGAGGACCGCAGACCGUCGCUGGAGCCUUGAGGGCAGCUUGCAAGAGGAGCAUUCCAGAAGCCAAGUGGCUACACUGUUCGUAUCCCUUGCUGUGCUACAGUGA